AUGAUAAAAAUAAUUAUAUUUAUUUAAGCUAUUCUUUUAUUCCUUUUUAAAUGUUUAAACCUUUAAGAAACAAAAAAUAUACUAAUAGAAGAUGCCGUUCGAGAAGUAGAUUUGACCUAAAGGUAUGCCUCAUCAUAAACAAAGUUAAGGCUUACAAACAAGGGUGAAACUCCAAUCACUCAUUUUUAUUAUGCAUUACCAUUAUACUAACAAGAGCAAACAAUAAUUGUCCUUUUAAGAAAACUAGACUAAAGUGAAAUAACAGGAGUAGUAGUCGAAGAUAUAAAUAUCAGGCAUUAAUAUAAUGCUACAUUAAUAAGAUUUGAAUUGGAAAAAGCUCUGAAUAAAAACGAAAAAGUAUCAAUUACUAUAGAAGAAAAGUUUGUAAACCGAUAAGAACCUUAUCCUAAAUAAAUUACAGUUUUGGAAAAUUAAAAUAUCCUUUUUAAAGAUAAUAAAUACAUUUUUUCACCUUAUUAUGUUGAAUCAUAAAGAACUAUAUAUAAGGCUUAAAAUAUCAUAUCAAACACAGAAGAUGAAGCAGUAACUAAAUUAAGAAAAUCCGGUUUGAAAUAUGGAGAAUAUAAAAACAUUUCUCCGUUUUCUGUUUCUGAUAUAUAAAUACAUAGUGAAAAUAAUACUCCAUUAAUAUAUUUGACUAAAUCAUCUAAAACAAUAGAAGUUUCUCAUUGGGGAAAUAUCGCAGUUGAAAAUUCAUAUAAUUUAGUAAAUAAAGGAGCAAAUUUAAAAGGAGAAUUUAGCAGAGUAGAUUAUAAUAAAUACAGCUAAAAUUCUGGAAAAAACGCUUUAAAAUCUCUUUAUGCAGAAAUACCUUUUCAUGCAACAGGAUUAUGGUAUAGAGAUAUAAUAGGAAAUAUAUCCACAUCAAAUGCAAUGAGAGAUAAAACGGACAAAGUAGUAAAACUAAAUAUUCAACCAAGAUUUCCAAUAAUGGGAGGAUGGAAGAAUGAUUUUAGGCUAGGAUAUAAUUUAAAUGCAAGCAGGUAUUUAUAUACUGAUAAUGAAGGAAACUAUGUUUUGAAAUAACUUUUCUCAAUACCUUUUCAUGAUCUAUUAGCUUAAGAGUUCGAAUUAAGAGUUGUUUUGCCUGAAGGAGCAUACAAUAUAAAACCAGAAUUACCUUUUAAUGUUGAUAGCUAUCAUUAAGAAAUUACUUUUUCAUAUUUGGAUAGCUAGGGAAGACCUACCUUAGUUUUUAGAAAGAAAAAUAGACUGAUUUUGAGAAAGAACGCACAAAACAUACACUAGAAAGGAGAAAUUUAUAUGAUAGUCAUUUUAUUUGGAAAAAAGUGUCUCGAAUUAACUAAUAAUUUUCGAGCUUCCUAAAACCUUCCACAUAUGGUUUGGAAUGAAUAACUAACCUUUAUUGGUAUGUAACAUUCUGAGAAUAUGGGGGAAGAAAAAGUACCUUUUGGGCAUUAAGGGUUUGAAUAAAGAGUUCAUUUGAUUUCUUUUAAUAAAAGAGGGGUUUAUGAGAAUGUUGCUUAUUGUUCAGAAGGUUUUUAAGAUAUUCCUAGUACAAUUGUAAAUGGAUGGAUUAAUUCACCCGGACAUAGAAAAAAUUUACUUUCAAAUUCGAAUGUUUGUGGAAUCUCUGUUUACAAGAAUAAAAAAGGAUAUUGGUAUUUUACUUAAUUAUUAGCUUUAAAAUGUUGA